AGAAGUCAAGAGCUAGCUUUUAGAAGGAAGAAAUGCUGACUUUUUACUUAGCCAGCUGUGGCAAGCUAUAGUAUUCACAUGAUGUCUGCUUUCAUUAGCACUGGUGAAACUUUGCAAUGUUCAUUUUUUGGCAGUGCACUUAACAUGCAACAGACAUAGCAUAGAGCUCUGAAUUUGGCUUUGCGAUUCAAAUGUCCCCAGUGCUGGGAAGUAUUUAACUACACAAGCGUGAACCUGGGUUUAGUUAGCCAGGAUGUUACAUCUUGACUCAGGCUUUCCCAGGGGCAUGGUGAGUGUUGCUGUGCAGGCCUCUUGAAACAAUACAGCACUAAGAUUUAUUUAGCCCAGAAACAGAACUGUGUAGGCAGAGACUUGAGGGCUGGGUAGUUUGCCUGCUGCAGUGAGCAGUGCUAAGACAGAGUGUGUGUGUGAGACUAUGUAUGUGAGUGAGUUCUGCACUGGCCUUCCAGAGACUGUAUUUGCUUUUUGUUCUUGCUGUAUUAAAACCUGCUUAACCCUAGUCUAAUGAUCAAAUUCAUUCUUCAAAUUUAUUUUUUUCCCUCCCUUUUCCCUUUCAUUUGAUCCUGCUUCCUCUCGCCCUCUUUCUUCUUGACUCUGCCUGGACAGGCCCUUGCUCCUCCCCGUCCUCCUCUUCCCAAAGAGGAAAGCUUUGCAUGGCGUCCACGCACUGACACUAAAGUGACCAACCUGUUGCCAGUGCCUAUCAUGGACUGUGUGUACCUGAAUGCACCCAAGCCUUAUACACAGCGUGCAUCACCAAAUGCCAGUGCACGGUGUUACUUCUCAUCACCUACCCCCUAUGGGGCCAUCCCCAGUGGGAAGCAAGGCUUUCCAGCAGGGCAUUCUCCCUCCCCAGGCCCCAAAGAUGAGGUGCAUGCUGGGCAGCCACUCUUGGGAAGUUGCUCCUCGUCGGAUGCAUCAUCCAUACAGUGUAACCCUGACAGGGCAGAUCCCAGUAAUAAGGCUGAAAUGAAUUCCAGUCAUGAGACGAAGGCGGAUAAAAAGGUCACCAAACUAUAUGUAGCUUGUUUAUCUAACAGCACUUGCUCAGCUGCAUCUGAAAAUUCCACUGGCACCACACAUGACCCAGCAGCCAGCACCAGUUUGGACGCUGAGCUCACUCAAGCACCAGCCACCAACGUUGUUUCCUCUGUAACAGAUACUGGAAAGUCUCUUCCUGCUCCUCCUCCUCCUCCUAUUCCUCCCAGGCCGUACUUUUACAUUGUCCUCAAUAAAGACGCAGUUAGUUAUGGUGCGGGCCAACCCUCCGGGACUCAGUCAUCACCUCUGCAAGCUGUGAGGGACAAAGUGCUAGAGCCCCCGAGCGCAGCUGCCACAGAGGACAGGAUGAGAAAAGAGCCUUGCCUUACUCAGCAGCGACAGACACCAUACAAGGCAAUGGGACGCAGCAUGGAUCCAAGUCCUAUGCUAAAUGAGGUGCCCCAGCCUGGCACUGGUACUGACUAUCCAACCUCCUUCACUUCAAUCAACAAGUCUUCCUCUGCCUAUCCCUCUACCACAAUCGUCAAUCCCACUAUUGUCCUCUUGCAGCACAAUCGAGAACAGCAAAAAAGGCUUAGUAGCCUGGCAGAUUCAGUGCCAGACAAACUAGUUUCUGACAAAGUUGAUUCAGCACUCAUACGAGACAAACCAGUUCAGGAGACAGUGCCAAGUAAGAAGAGGACAAUGGAGGAGAGGAGAAGCAUUGUCAAGAGCCCUCAGCACAUGGCUGAUACCUCUGUUGAUGAUAUUGGCAUUCCUUUGAGGAAUACAGACAGAUCAAAGGACUGGUACAAGACAAUGUUCAAACAGAUCCACAAGCUAAAUAGAGACACUCCCGAAGAAAACCCUUAUUGUCCUACCUACAUAUUUCCUGAACUUCCUGAAAUCCAGCAAAAAACUGAAGAAGACAAUCCUUAUUCUCCUACAUACCAGUUUCCUGCGUCCACUCCUAGUCCUAUCUCUGAAGAUGAAGAUUCUGAUUCAUACUCUCCUCGUUAUUCCUAUUCUGAGAGCAGCAGAACCCAGCCUUCAGUUCCUCGUUCCAAGAGUGAGAUGGACAAUAUUGAUUCAGAGAAGGUUGUUAAGAGGUCUGCUACUUUGCCACUGCCAAACCGUACUUCAUCACUGAAAUCAAGCCCAGAAAGGACUGACUGGGAGCCUCCAGACAAGAAGGUGGACACAAGAAAAUACCGUGCAGAGCCCAGGAGCAUUUAUGACUAUCAGCCAGGAAAGUCCUCAGUUCUGAACAAUGAAAAGAUGACUCGGGAUAUAAGCCCAGAAGAGAUAGAUUUAAAGAAUGAACCUUGGUAUAAAUUCUUUUCGGAAUUGGAGUUUGGGAAACCGCCUCCAAAAAAGAUUUGGGAUUAUACUCCUGGAGAUUGCUCUAUCCUUACUAGAGAGGAUAGAAAGACUGAUCUAGAAAAAGAUCUCUACCUCUACCAGACUGAGUUAGAGGCAGAUUUAGAAAAAAUGGAGAAGCUUUAUAAAGCGCCACAUAAAAAGCCACAGAAGAAUACUCCUCUGGAAACUUCCACAGACCAUUCUUCCUACUCUACGUAUUCACCCAACUACCAUGCAGUGAAAAGGGAGUCAGAACCAGCCCUGGGGGACCCUGCUGGCUUGGAGAAUGAAAGGCAGAUUUACAAGAGUGUGCUGGAAGGUGGAGAUAUCCCAUUCCAGGGGCUGAGUGGUCUCAAGCGACCUUCUAGCUCUGCUUCCACAAAAGUGGAUCGUAAAGGUGGGAAUGCUCAUAUGACUGCACCCUCUUCAGUUAAUAGCCGAACCUUUAACGCUAGUCAUAUCGGUAUGUUAGGUCACGCAUGUAAACAUAAGAAGCCCUUAUCAGCUGCUAAAGCCUGCAUUACUGAAAUCCUCCCUUCUAAAUUCAAACCCAAGCUAGCAGCUCCAGCUGCUCUUGUGCAGGACAAGAAGGGUAUUUUGCUGUCUCAUGAGAAAGCUCAAAGCUGCGAAAACCUUCGUAGCUCCAUUGCUUUAUUUGAUACUAAAAAAGCUUUCAUGGUAGACAUAGGGGAAGGCAUAGAAAACAUGUUGAUGAAGUCAAAGCAGGAGUAUGCCAUCAAAUCUGGCAGUACCAUGAGCCUGCAGGAGUAUGGCACCAACUCUACGAAAGGCUACCUGUUUCCUGCCUCCAGGAAGAGUGGGAUGGAAUUUACAACACUUUAUAAAGACAUGCACCAGAUCAACCGGUCCAGGAUCCAUUUGGGCACAGUCUCCUCCUGCAGUGUGAGGGAUAUUGCAUCUCAAUUUGAGAAUGAAGCAAAGGACAGGAUGGAGCACAGCCUUAGUCGAGAGGAUUCAGAGCAGAUCCCCAAACACACUGUUUCCUCCCGUAUCAGUGCAUUUGAGCAGCUGAUCCAGAGAUCCCGAUCAAUGCCCUCGCUUGACUUUUCCACUGGACAAAACAAAUUCACCACUUGUCUCCAAUCCAAAACUUGUCUGAGUUCUGCCUGCUCUGCAGAGUUUCUUCUGGAUUUGCCAAAAGCACACCAAGAAGAAAAGGAUGCUGCAAGUUUGGCAGAUAAAUCCUCCCACUCCUGCAGCAAUGUGGAGGACACGGGUUCAGAUGUCAGUGAUGCCGUCCCUAUGGACACAUUUUCAGCUUGCACAGAUGAGAUAGAUCUCUUCUCAAAUGCGUCCAAUGACAGUGGCAGCAGUAGCAGCAACCUCAAUGGGCCUCAGAAGCAUAAAAUCAGCAGAUGCAAAGGCACAUGCCCAGCUUCCUAUACCAGGUUCACUACCAUCCGAAGGCACGAGCAGCAGCAGCCCUCCAGGAACUUUGAUUCCAAGGGGGAUGUCUAUGGGGACAGACACAUGCUCCCCAGAAAUGUCUACCUAAUGAGUCCACUCCCCUUCCGAUUGAAAAAGCCUUUCCAACACAAAUCCUGCAGGACUCCACCCCCAGACUGCCCAGGAAGCUUGGCAGUGUCCAGCCCUGAGAACCCAGAUGACGCAAUACAGCUGCAGGGGAACACAGGAGACAAGAGUCACCACUCCCAGCACCAACUGUGUUCCAGAAACAGGCCUCUUGCCCCAAGGCGCCUGUCUUCCUUUGACAUUGUGGAGAGGCUUAGCUACUUCCCCACCACAGGAUCUAGCCAAGAUAGCUCCAUGGGCCAGGCUGGCACUCCUGACUCCUUAAACAAUGGGGACCCUGUUCCAUAUGCCCUCUGUCACAGCCUGGACACAAACAACAACCCACAAAAUGAACUUGGGACGUACCUAGGAGAUUCAGAAUCACCAAGGCAUUUUGCACCAGUUGAUUACAUGGAAACUCCAGAAGAAAUUCUUCGUAGACGGCAUGAUGAUAAAGAGAAACUUUUAGAGGACCAGAGACGGCUCAAACGUGAGCAGGAAGAAGCUGAUAUUGCAGCUAGAAGGCACACAGGGGUUAUUCCAACGCAUCAUCAGUUUAUCACUAAUGAGCGAUUUGGGGACCUCCUAAAUGUAGACGAUACAGCAAAGAGGAAAUCUGGGUCAGAGAUGAGACCUGCUAGAGCCAAGUUCGACUUUAAAGCACAGACGCUGAAGGAGCUUCCUCUGCAAAAAGGAGAUAUUGUUUACAUUUACAAGCAGAUUGACCAGAACUGGUAUGAAGGCGAACACCAUGGCAGAGUUGGCAUCUUCCCACGAUCAUACAUAGAGCUACUCCCACCAGCUGAAAAAGCCCAGCCCAAAAAGCCAUUGCCAUUGCAAGUAUUGGAGUAUGGGGAUGCCAUUGCUAAGUUUAACUUCAAUGGGGAUACCCAAGUGGAAAUGUCCUUCAGAAAGGGUGAAAGGAUCACGUUGAUUCGGCGAGUGGAUGAGAACUGGUAUGAAGGAAGAAUCUCUGGCACCAGUCGCCAAGGCAUCUUCCCUGUCACUUACGUGGAGGUGCUGAAACGGCCAGUGGUCAAGAAUGCCAUCGACUAUCCUGACCCACCAUCAUCCCUCUCCCCUAACCGCAGCAUGACAGCUUCACCACAGUCUCCCAGCUCUGAGCUGCUCCAUACACCAACUCCUCCGCCUUUGCCUUUCACGCGCCGUGCCUUAUCUCCAGAGGUGCAGGCAGUCACAUCUGAGUGGAUUGCUCUGACCGUGGGAGUGUCCCCCAGCCCCACUCCUGCUGUAACUCCUCCAUUGCCUCCUCCGCCUGAAGCCUCCCUCUCUCACACUGACUAUCUCUCGCCUUCAGCUGCAUCCAGCCCUUCCCCCUUGGUCAGCCUCCGCCAUUCUUAUCCCUCUGGCUCCUCAACUCCCAGGUCCAUUAAAUCCCCGUUGCCCUCUUACUCCUCCAGACCUCAGGUCUCCACUCGCAGUUUCUAUCAGGCCACUCCACAAAGUGAAGAAAAGUUUGGCUCCUUUUCUUCCAGUGUGAGCUUCUCUGACUCCCCUGGCUGGGCAGUGGAGAGCCCUGAAAGCUUCCUCACAGAGCAGCGUGACACCACUGCCAGCCAAGCCUGGCCCCAAAAGACUAGAGAGGGCAGCAGCACCCCCGAGCAGGGUGCUCAGGCUGUCCCCAAGGUCUCUGUUGAGCGCUGCCUGAAACCAUCCCAACUAGACAUGCGUGUGACCCCAGAAAAGAGACCUGUGGGUUCCUCUGAGGACAACCAGUUGUGUCAGGAGCUAAUGGCUAUUGUGCAGGGAGGUAAAACAGAGAAAAGAGGCGUGAGGAAAGGUGAUCUGGGAAAGUUGCGAAGCGGAGAAAAGAAGACUGCAGACUCAAAAGCAUUCUCUUCAUCUGCUCCUCUCUCUUCUUCUGCCCUCUCUUCUUCUACUGUCACAACACAGCCACCUCCCAGACUUACACGCAGAGUCAAUAAGCCACAGCCUUCCCACCAUUCAUUGAGAGCUGGACCAGAUCUCACAGAGUCUGAAAAGAGCUAUGUGGAAGCUGUUUGCAAUGAGAUCAUAAACAUUGCAGAAAAGUCUGUUCAUUACUGCAGUACUAUUUCUCAGCCUCUUGACUCUCGCCACAAGGUGACCUCUAAUGACCAUAAACCAUCUCUCGUCAUUUCUCAGCAACCUCAAGCACAGCAGCAAGGAGCCAGCCCUGACAGAAGUCAAACACCACGAGACAUAGUUAGUUACCAAGCCCUCUACAGCUACACACCUCAGAAUGAUGAUGAGCUGGAACUGAGGGACGGUGACAUUGUUGAUGUAAUGGAGAAAUGUGACGACGGCUGGUUUGUGGGUACAUCCAGGAGAACAAGGCAAUUUGGCACCUUCCCAGGCAACUACGUGAAGCUUCUGUACCUGUAAUGUAACAGUCGUCCCACCACAACAAAUGGGGGGUUGUUUUCCAGAUGGUGUUUUUAAACAGUGAAGAAACAGACAAUUUAUGAAUGUAAUAGACAAAAGAUGAUAUGUGUUAGGAGGAUGUGGUUAUGUGGUACAGUAUUGAGUUGAAUGUGUAGCCCUGCUUCCACUGAUUCAGGGUGUGGUUUGUUUGCUGAAGAAGAGACAGUUUCUAGUUUACAGUGCUGCCUUUGUGUAUUCCUCUCCCGUUCCCAGCAAGAGUUCUGGUGAUAACCUUAAUUUGUAUGGAGUACUUACCUCUGAGAAGGCUUCAGGGAAGCACAUGGUAUAGGUUUUGUUUGUGUGUUGAGAUAUGAUAGUGCUUUGGGGCAGUAGGCAGCCUUGCAGCUGCUCCCUUUUGCUGGCAAGGUCAGGGUGGCCAGGCUUUUUGCCUGGUUUUUGCCUUGCUGAAAACUCACUUUGUUCUGCCUUCCACUUCGACAGAAAAUCCUUCCUUCAUGUCAUGCACCUUAAGACCCAGCACAGGCAGAGGGCAGCUGAUACAGUUAAACUGCAGAGCUCUGUGUGGAAAAGGAGUUUGGGACUGGUGGUUUAAUCGAGAAAAGAAAGCCAAAACAACACAAACACAUAAAAAUCCCAAACCCUUUAAUAACAUACUACCAAUCUCUGCAGGGUUUUUUUCUUUUGUGCAGGGUGUGUUGUGUGAGUGUAUUGUGUGCAUCAAAAGGAAUUGAGUCCUGUUUUUUUAAAGAUAAAUCAGCCUGGCUUUGACAUUUAUCUGCAUAAAGAAUAGAACCAAUAAACAGAACAUCUGUGAGAGCAAAUUUGUUUGAGUCCCACAGCCGUUCGCUUUCUCUGCUCCUCCUGCCCUGUUGCUGGCCCUAAAGGAUCAUACACUUUCUGAAGCAUACUCUUUGGGAUGGAGGCAUUGCUUUGUUCCUGACAUUAAAUCUUAGAGGCUCUGAUAAAUCUGAGCAACACAUCACUGAGGGUGCCUUUUUUUUUUUUUUCUUCUCUUCUUCUUCUCUGUUUUGGUUACGCUGUUGGUGGUAGGUCUCAAACAAAAACAUGAUUUUGGUUGCCUCUUUAGUCAUAUCAAAAACUCUAAUCAAUUUGGAAGGCUGUUCCCAGCAGUUAUUACCAGUUACAUAGAUUUGUAUUUCCUUGAGGAAAAAAAGCAACAUGGCUUGCCUGUCUGCUUGCCUGAAAGCCACUAUGAAUACCCUUUUGAUAGACAUUUUGUUAUUAAGAAAAAGCAUAAACAAAACCGGUUCUAUCAGACUCUGCUUCCUACAGUUACCAUACAAAUAGCAAAGGGUUAGAUUGGUAUUUUGUCAUAAGCCGUAUUUAAUAAUAUAAAAUGCCUAUUUUUAUGCUGAUGCUUUUAUACAGAUUUAUUAAGAGUAACUACAACUAACUGUUAGCAUGACUUGCAAUGUUUUGAUAAACUAGCCAUGCUCCUGGGUUUGAAAUCAAGUAGGCUUCUCUUCAGCCUAGGGCAGCAGAAGAGAAGACUCAGUGUCUCAGAAGUUUGACUGUAAAUAUGUAUAUUUAACUUUGUACAGACAAUGUACUUACCUUGUAUAGAAAAGUAAUUUAAACACAUUGAGUGAAGAGAGGAAAAAAAGGCAGUUGUGAAAGGUUGGGAUUUUUUCCACUUUUAUUUAAGUGAUGGAAUUCCAUGUAUGUUCACAUAAAGAGUUUUAGCACAAAAUAUCCAUUAUGAACGGGUUUCAGAUAUGACACAAAGCACCACUGUUUCUUUUGUGCAGGAGAUACCUUUAAUCCUGCCUCUUAUUUAUGGGUUUGUUUUUCUGCUUCGAGUUUGCCCUCCAGUUAUUUGCAGCAAUAUUUAGGCCUGUUGCUAUGAUUGGAUAACACCAAAUUAAUCUUAUCCUGCAAAUUAACAUGAUGAUACUGACUGUAUAUAACAUACUCAUUUAAAGGUUUAUUUUUUUGUUCUUGCUCUUACCAUUUAAAUUACACACAGACACACACACACAAAUGGCAACUUAUUUUUGUGUUGAUUUUUUGUUUCUUAUUGCAGUGGAUUACUAUUUGACAAUAAAUGGAACUAUUGAAUUAC